GAUUGUGCCUGUGGUGUAAACGUUUCUACACUAUUUAUUUACUAUUACUGGUCUGUGACUCUGUGUCCUCUGCUCCAAAGCGAAGCCGCGGUACUGGUGAUAAAAUCUAAAAAUAAAGCUUAAUUAUGAUUUGUAGGAAAUGCGACGCAUCAGCUACUAUUCUUAUUAGAAAAGAGUAUUGGUAUUGUAAUACCUGCUUUAUAACUAACACAAAUCAUAAAUUUCGAGCAUGUCUUGGUAAAAGUAAAACAUUAUCAUCAAACGAAAAAGUCCUGAUCUGUUUAUCAGGCGGUGCUAACUCUAUUGUGUUAUUAGAAUUAGUUCACAGCGGUAUUACUUUAGAUGGCACAAAAAAGCUGAGGGUUGUUCCAUUUUUUUUACAUAUUAUUGAAACUGCAACAGAGGAUGCCAUAAGAAAAGCUAAUAUAAUUAUAGAUCAAUGUAAAAAACAUAAUUUCAAUCUCUAUGUGAUUAAUAUUAAUGAAUAUUAUUCUACAAAUAAUGUACUACCCAAACCUAAUAUAAUUACGCAGACCAAGACAGAAGCCCUAAACAAUAUGAAGUUAAAUGUGUCUACCACAAUUUAUCACGAUGCAAUAGUAAAAAUAAAAAGAAACUUAUUUCUGAGAGUUGCGAGUGAAUUAAGCUGUAAGAUUAUUUUUACUGCAGAAACGACUACACAGCUAGCCAAGAGAUUAUUAACAAAUCUUGCAAUUGGACGAGGUUCACAAGUUGAAUAUGACAUUGGAUUUGCUGAUCAAAGAGAUAAAACCAUCAGAAUAUUAAGGCCCAUGAAAGAUAUAAGUAAUGAAGAAAUUGAAUACUUUGUAAAAUUGAAACAACUUUAUCCUGUUUAUGACCAUAGUAACACUGAAACUGGUCUACAGUCAGUUAUAGAUAACUUUGUUUCGGAUCUUCAAGACAAUUAUCCUGCUACUGUAUCUACUGUGUGUAAAACUGCUGAUAAAAUUGGAUCAAUGGAAAAUACAACAAACAGGAAAAAUUGUACAUUAUGCCAGAGCAUUGUUGCAUUGAAAAGUGCUAAGCUCACAGCAGUUGAAGCCACAAUAUUCUCUCGCCAAAUGUGUUUCAAACCAUCUGCUACAAAUGAUAAAAUUGAAGUUAUGCAGAGUAUAAGUGAAGAUAAAAAUCCCAUUUUUCCAAAUAUAAAUGAGACGUUAUGCUAUGGCUGCAGUAGAAAUUAUUCAGAGUUAAAUACUUAUUUGUAAUAGCCAAGGUGUUUAAGUAGCAGGUUCACUUUUUCUCAUUGUGCCUCGGCAUCAGCGUGAAACCAUCUCUUGUGCGUGAACGAUGCUGCCGCCACGCGCCUAUUUUACUUGUAAUCUAAAGCCUGUAUAUAUAGAAAUACCUUAUUUGUGUAUAUAUAGCAAUUUCAAUAGGUGGUGCAGGGUUGCGAAACUCAAAUUAAUCCAAAUCUAUAAAUUUCAUGUUCCACUACUACCCAUAAAGUAAUACCGUUAGGCGGGCGGCCAGUGAUCACUGCCUAAUAUCUCUGAAUAUCAUAAAACACUCACGACGCGUGCGUUUCCAUAUUGAUCAAUGACCCCAUUUGACUUUAAAUGUAAAUACAGCUGAUGAUUUUCAAAUAAAAAUUUUGAACGAAAGCAUUUCAUUAUCAUAAAUGCAAUGCCCACUUGGCAUGCAACUCUAUACAAACAUGGGACAACACCUGUAUUAUGAAAGUGAUUGUAAAUAAACUUUUUAUAUUAAUUAUCA